UGAUCUUGCAGCGCCCAGAAAUGGACCGAGCGGACCCGCAGCCGCUCGCACCCUGCCGGACUAGGAGCUCUUGAAGGCUCCCGGCGCGCCGCGGAGCCUCGGCGAGGUCCACGCUGGGGUGCAGAGAGCAGAGGGGACUGCAGAGCCAUGUAGAUCCACGGUUUUGUCCGCCCGCCUCCUUGGGGAUCGAAUCAAGGGCUCCCACAGUGUUAGGAGGGGGCGAGAGGGCUGUUUAUCGUCAUUUGCUUCGGAGCGUCGGGAGAGGGUGGCAUUUUGCUUUUCCGCCCGGAGUCCUCCGGAACUCCCGGCAUCGGAGCGUGGACCACAUCUCCAGGUUUCUGGCAACCGGUGAGAAUGGGGGUAGGGAACGAACAUUUCCGCGGUAGCUGCUCAGUACAGCGAUUGUCCACCUGAGAGAGGCGUCGGACGAGCGGACCAGGGAGGCGAGUUUGCCCGGUGCCUCUCGGAUGCUGCUACUGCGGCGGCGGCCGCUCCUGCCCCGGUGCUGCAAGGGCGACCUGCCGCAUUCCGACUUCGGCUCUCCGCCGACUCAGCACUGCCCCUGCGCCAAGCCGGUCGACCAGCGUCCAUCGAUCGCCCUGGUGGGAGCUUAGAAGGCGGCAGGCGAAGAGGGGUAGGAGGGGGGAGAGCCGAGGAGAAGCACAGGGGGUGGCAGGUGCUGAACUGGCGCUGCACCUGGUCCUAGGAGGGCUCAAGGAGGGGAGGGAAGGCCAGGGCACCCCCCGAAGUGACUGCCCGGUCCGCUAGAACGCCGCUGCGUUAAGGCACCUGGAAGCAGGAAGAAAUACCCAAAAGCAAAAGGCAAAACCCCAAACCCAACCCUUGGCAAAAAGCUGCAGCCGGCCCCCUCGAGCGAGGGGGAUUCCAAAUUGAGUCAAAGGCAGGGUGGAGGGGAAGGCGACAAGAAGCGAAGUCGCCCAUCUCCCGACCUGCUGGCUUUGAAGCCCCUCCCUCCGAGCGUGGGGGAGGCUAGCCCUCCGGUGGGGGGGGCGCUCGGGUCCCCCCCACCCCUGGUCCCUCGCUUCUUCCCAGCUCGGACUCUCACCUGGCCUCCCACCCUUGCCCCCGGCUUCCACCAUGACGGUGAUGUCUGGGGAGAACGUGGACGAGGCUUCGGCCACCCCGGGCCACCCCCAGGAUGGCAGCUACCCGCGGCCGGCCGACCACGAGGACCACGAGUGCUGCGAACGCGUGGUGAUCAACAUCUCCGGGCUGCGCUUCGAGACGCAGCUCAAGACCCUGGCGCAGUUCCCCAACACGCUGCUGGGCAACCCUAAGAAACGCAUGCGCUACUUCGACCCCCUGCGGAACGAGUACUUCUUCGACCGCAACCGGCCCAGCUUCGACGCCAUCCUCUACUACUACCAGUCGGGGGGCCGCCUGCGGAGGCCGGUCAACGUGCCCCUGGACAUGUUCUCCGAGGAGAUCAAAUUUUACGAGUUGGGCGAGGAGGCCAUGGAGAAGUUCCGGGAGGACGAGGGCUUCAUCAAGGAGGAGGAGCGCCCCCUGCCCGAGAAGGAAUACCAGCGCCAGGUGUGGCUGCUCUUCGAGUACCCGGAGAGCUCCGGGCCCGCCCGGGUCAUCGCCAUCGUGUCGGUCAUGGUCAUCCUCAUCUCCAUCGUCAUCUUUUGCCUGGAGACGCUCCCCGAGCUGAAGGACGACAAGGACUUCACGGGCACCGUCCACCGCGUCGACAACGCCACGGUCGUCUACAACAACAACAUCUUCACCGACCCCUUCUUCAUCGUGGAGACGCUGUGCAUCAUCUGGUUCUCCUUUGAGCUGGUGGUGCGCUUCUUCUCCUGCCCCAGCAAGACGGACUUCUUCAAAAACAUCAUGAACUUCAUCGACAUUGUGGCCAUCAUCCCUUAUUUCAUCACCCUGGGCACCGAGAUAGCUGAGCAGGAAGGGAACCAGAAGGGCGAGCAGGCCACCUCGCUGGCCAUCCUCAGGGUCAUCCGUUUGGUAAGGGUCUUUAGAAUCUUCAAGCUCUCCCGCCACUCUAAGGGCCUCCAGAUCCUGGGCCAGACCCUCAAAGCUAGCAUGAGAGAGCUAGGGCUGCUCAUCUUUUUCCUCUUCAUCGGGGUCAUCCUGUUUUCUAGCGCAGUGUACUUUGCCGAGGCGGAAGAGGCUGAGUCGCACUUCUCCAGUAUCCCCGAUGCUUUCUGGUGGGCGGUGGUGUCCAUGACCACUGUAGGAUACGGUGACAUGUACCCUGUGACAAUUGGAGGCAAGAUCGUGGGCUCCUUGUGUGCCAUCGCUGGUGUGCUGACAAUUGCCCUGCCCGUACCUGUCAUUGUGUCCAAUUUCAACUAUUUCUACCACCGAGAAACUGAGGGGGAAGAGCAGGCUCAGUUGCUCCACGUUAGUUCCCCUAACUUAGCCUCUGACAGUGAGCUCAGUCGUCACAGUUCCUCUACUAUGAGCAAGUCUGAGUACAUGGAGAUUGAAGAGGAUGUGAAUAAUAGCAUAGCCCAUUAUAGACAGGCCAAUAUCAGGACUGGCAAUUGCACCACAGCUAACCAAAACUGCGUUAAUAAGAGCAAGCUGCUGACCGAUGUUUAAAACAGAACAGCAAGCAAGCAGACAAACUAAAAGUCUCACCUAGCGGCUCAGAAAGACUUAACACAAAAAAAACCUAGUGACUCACGUCACGCUUUGUAGAUACUUUACUAAAUGGUCUUUGAAUGCUCUAUUUAACUGUCAAUGCGUUGUGGCAUUGUGGAUUCUGGGGGUGGUGGACCAGAAGCUUUCAAGAUCUGUGAAAAAAGAAACUAUUUUCAUUUUAUUAAAAAAAUGGGAAAAGAGAGUAUUUUCUAAAACUGGCUUAAAAUAUAUUCAGUCCGUGAACUAGUCUAGGAAAAUAAGAAUCCUAUCCUUCCCUAUACUGAAACAUUUUUAAUCCUUUGGCUUCUUUAACGUUUUUUACAACUAAAAACCAAAUGACGGUUUAGAAAUAUAAAAUUAAAAUUUGCAUGGGACUCCAAUAUAAAAUCUUUGCAGACUGCACAAGGCAUCUAAGACAGUGCAUCAGAUGUAGUAUAUGAAACAUGACAUACCAGCCAAAAUGGGCAAUGAACAAUUAUUUUUAUUUUGAUCAACUGAGCUGUAUAUUAUAAGGUGUGAAAAAAAAAACAAACCCAAAAUCACUUAAGACAGGUUCACAAAGCACCUUCUAAAUCAAAUACUGGUCCUGAUCUGUAGAGAUUUCUCCUCUGCCCCAUUCUCCUAAUCUUAGAAAAAUAACUGAAUUAAAUGAAUUGAUUCAUCUGCAGUGCUGCUAAGUUCUCUCAACUGCAGAGGAGCCAAAUACAGGUCUUUUCUUACCAGGCCUGCACCCUGACCCCUGGCCUUCAGAACUGGAUGUAAAACCUUAGCCUCCUUAUUGCAAGAGAGCACAAAUGGAGUUAAAUGUAAGCAUGUUUGAAUCAGAUAACAUUUCUUUCACAAUCGCAUGACCCAGACAAUAGGGGAUAAGCUUAAGUUGAAAUUGACUCCUCUGAAAAUAGAUCCUUUUUCAUUUGCAUUCACCAAAAGUGCACUCCUCCAUUUAUUAACUAUUUUAUUAGUAAAUAAAGUACUGUAUUUAAGUGCAUAUGUUAGUCAGAUGGGAACUAUAACUUUUUGGAGCUCAAAGCAUGUACUCUUAUUCAGCAUUAUGGCCUCUUUGAUUAAGAUGUACCUUGAAUUAAGUAAUGCAUGAUUUCAGUACUGUAAAAUUAAAAAUAAUAAAAAUUACAAGUCUGUGGGAUGAAAGGCCCAACAGAAAUAAUGGGGGGUGGGGGUGGGGGGCACUCAGUCAAUUUUCCUGCCUUUGCUCAGGGAAAUGUCAGGAUUUUGUGCAGGUGUAGGCAGAAAGAGAGGACCAAUAUGCCCAUUCCUUAAAGGGAAGCUACAUGAAAAACUAAACAAAUUAUCUAGGUAUAUAUAGCAACACCUAAGAAAAAAUACUCUUUCUGGUUGAAGAUAAACACAAGCAAAACAAACAAAAAAAGGUGCAAAACUGCAUGUUUUUUGGUGCAUUCUUAGGAUGUAAAUGAAAACGUUUAUCUACUGUAUGCAUCCAAAGCAGAGCUGAUUUUUUUUUUUUUGCAGUCAUGAUUUGAAGUCUGUAGUGAUUUUGGCCCUCCCCUCAAGGCUCCCCUAGGAAACUCAACCAAUUGAUUUAAUAGUUGCUUAGUGCCUUUAUCCUGUACCCACAGUGAACUGCAGAAAGUGCCUCCACACACAGCUGAGAAGUUAGGUAACAAAAGGGGGGAAGGGUUGGGGCACAGACAUUUUUCUUUUUCUUUUUUCCAUCCUCACUCUUUCAUUUCACCACUGUGAGAAGACCUAAGCCCUGGAGAGGAGAGAUCCAGGAGUGUGCUGUCUCUCUAGCCAUCCACUGGACUUGGUCCCUUUGGUAUCCUGACACUGGAUGUGAACUGAGAGCCAUCUUUGAACUGGACAUAACCCAUUGAGCUCGUUUUUCCUCUUUUCCACCAGAGGCCAAGAUAAACUUUCAGCAAUUCUGUGUUCUAUCAAGGGCCACUCUGGACAAGCAAGGCUUCCUCAGGUCCAGAGUAGAAUUCCUGACACAUGUCCUUCUUCUUCCUUUGUUAACAACAGCACUUUGCAAAUCUCUUUGAUAGUCUGUGAGCGUUUCAGGCACUGUUGUGGAUGUGGGAACACUCAGUCCAUGGUAACUGUUCCUAGGCCUUCCUCUAGGCCCAUACCUUUCAGAUACUUUCUUUGAUGCUCCUAUGAUCCUCCCACCUGGCAGUCACUUCACAGGCUGAGCAUCUAACUUCUGCUGCCCCAGUGUCACCCAGCCUGGAGAAUGCGGGGACCCCGUGUCCAGCUGAAGGAGAGCCUCAGAACACGGGCCACUGUAGCCCCAGCUCGGCAGCUCUCCACCAAUGGAGAAGUACCCCCAGCUUUGUUAAGGACCUUGAGGGGGAAUCUUCAUUCCGCACUUAGCAUGCAGCCGCAUGCUGCUGCCUCUCUGACAUUCCUGCUCUGCUUUUUCCAGAAUUUUCCCUAUUACUUCCAUCCCUUUUUCCCUACCCUAUCCUACAACUAGCAGUGAGGCAAUCAGCCUAGAAACUGGAGUUACACCCAGGUGGGCUGACUCGAUGGAAAGAAAGAAGGCGAUUAUUUCACCUUCCUGUGUGACUUCUGUGACUCUGUGAGGUGAAGCUACGCAUGGGGUGGAAGGUGAGGGGCUGAGAACUGCACAGCAUCUGAUUACAGGGCAUUAAACCCGUCCAUGUGAUGUCUCCUCGUCUGAACCUUAACUCAACCUGGCAACCCCUCUCCUACUUGCUUAGAAGUCCCUGGUUGAGAAACAAUCGCCAACCUCCCCCCAAGUCCUCGGGGAUAUCUUGAUCUUUUAUUUCAACUUUGAGGUUUGAGGACACACAGAACUUGAAACGCUGCACUCUAUCAACAGCAAUAAUCCACUCAGCCCUGUGGGAUGGAUGGCUGGAGGAUGAGAAACUGGGACCAAGACUGACUAUGGCUCCUUGGUACACUUCCAUAGUCACACCCCGGACUGGUUGAUUCUUCUGCAUGUGAAAUAGAAAACAGCGCUGCAUGUGGUGAACCUGUCAGCCUGGGAUGGGGACAAGGUGGGCUUACGAGUUUGGGGUGGUGUGCGGAAAAUGAAUUCUGCUUAGCUCCUCUGUAGUUCAUUGCAAUGACUUCAGCGCGAUCCGAGCACAGGGAUUAUCUGUGUAGCAUAGGCAUGCGACGUUCCACAAAGCUCUCCCCCUCCGCACUGCAACGUGCUGAAAUGUCUUUGUAGACCUGACGGUGCACUUAACAAAACUGCCUAUUAUGGGAUGACUAUCUUUAUCUCAUGUUUAUUUUGUCAGGCUUUUUACCUUUUCUUCCCCUUCCUAGAUAUUGAGCGUUCAUGGCUCGUGUCCCUGAAUAUGUGUUUUCUCCAGAGGGAGAAGUCUUCUGACCUGCUGGUAGCCACCACUCAGCUCUUCCAGUGUAUUGGGGCCCUAGUUCAAUAGGGUGGCAGUGGAAGGGUUGUGCUGUUAGCCAUCCCAAAAUCUCUGAUGUGAUCUGAAUCAGAGAGACCAAAGACAUUCAUUUCCUCUGUCCUCAGAUUUAUAGAAGACAGACCUCAGCCAGGAUAGGUUUCUGUUUUUGCAUCCCCCCUUCCACAUCUGUGUACAACUCCCCUCGCUUGCCCUUGGGACUUGAGUUCUGAUCAUCAGUGAAAUCAGUUCAUUGGGAAUAUGUUAGUGGGUUAGCCUAGCGAAAUCAGGUAAACCAAUAGCAAGAUCUCCAAGAUUGUGGCCAGUGGACAGUCAUUUCCCUAAAAUGCAAUUGUAUGGCAGGUUUAGACUCCACUGUGGAAAGCUGAAGCACAGAUGGCUUCACAGUCUUGAUUCACUUGAGAAUAAAAAAAAAAAAAAAAACACAUGGAAAUGGCAAAGGAGGAAUACAUUUUUUUAAGUUGAAAUUUGGUUUAGUCCAUAAAGAUCCUUCUUCUUGUUGUGUAUAGUUACACAUUUUUCAAAUUAGUUACCAUCUAGACAUCAGCAAAAAUAAUUUCCUGAUCCCCCCUUGUUUGAUUAUAGGAGACCUCGAAACACACGCUCGUUAACAACGUUAAGUUUUAAUUCCUCGUUUGGUUGGUUAAAUUGACUAGCAAGGAGAAAGAGAACAUUAGCAGAAGGCAGUUCCCCAUUUUCUUCCAGGAAUGACUUAUUCCUGGGAGUGGUGAGAAUUGGUGGGUGGUAACCAUCCAUAGUAUAGAAUUGUUAGAAAGAAUAUAAACCGCCAAACAACCUUGUUAUCUUCCAGCUUUCUUCCCCAGCAAGAAUGAGGUCUUUUGAUGUUUAUGUUCAUUUAAAGAAGACAAAGGAACAUACUAAAAUUUUUAAGGUCAGACACAACCCAAGUUGAAUUGUGAUCUCAGGAGGUGACUUCUCAACUACCAUGCGGUGUAUUAGUACUUAUAUUUCUAUUAUGGAAUUUCAGGGUAUCUGUGAACAUGUCUAGUAUGACUCAGGUAAACUUAAAAGAAUGUACAUUACUUACCAUUUUUGUAAAGACGCAAACAGGAGCUGAAUUGUUAACCAAAAUUGUUCCAUUACCUUGGGUCACUGUGCAAACUCAUUCAGGGUAUGGAUGUAAAAUUCAGAAGCCUUGGGAUCAAAUGCCAGUCUCUUUGCUCAGGCAAAAUGACCAUGGGCUUUCUUGGGAAGUCCAGUGGGUAUGUAAAGGGUGAGGCCCUGCUGACCUCAGGGCUAUAAACUUUAAGCAGAUUAACCAUAGUCACAAUAAUUUUCAUUUAAGAGCUAACUAGGCGUUUCCUUUUUAUGAUGGGGAACUUCAAAGAGUAUAGACACAUUUAGUACCACAAUCAGAAGAAGAAAUGGUGUAAGGAAAGAAACAAAACAAAACAAAACAAAAAAUCUUCUGCAAAAUAUUCCAGGUCAAAAGUUGUCUCCUUUCCAAAACUUGCAGAAUCACCUUUCUUCUCUCCAGCGCACUGUUAAUGGGACUGUUUGUGCAGCAGCUGUAAGUAGACAGCAUGAACUCUAUGUGACAUACCUCUAAUAUUAAAGUAUCACUGAGGUUAAGAAUAAAAAUUGAGUUAAAGUGCACCAUCAGGACAACAAAUCAUUUAAGCUGAAAAGGUACUAUUUUAUUUCUUGAGUUUGCCAGUUGCUUCCACCUGGAGUUAAGGAUAUGUCUCAUCUUCACCUGCUGUGCAUUUCCCGUCCCCCCUACUGUUCAAUAUGUCAGGUCAAGGACAGUGAAUGUUAUAAUAGGAAUCGAGACCCUAAUUGAUGCGCAUAGUUUUCAUCUAUGCAAUUUUACUUGCUUCUGUCACUUUAUGAUCUGUUCACAUUUGGCAUCAAUUAAAGAUAAUUUUUAAGGAUCUUA